CCUGUCGCAAACCCAUCAGACCACCCCAACCCAGUACAACUCAUUUGGAAACGGUACAUCUACAUCAAUUGGACGCACCAGUCCGCGAUCGUGCUGUCCUGUUCUGUCCUGUUCUAUACCAUAUCGCCUAGACUCAUAGAGUACCCUGAUCCUGAUCGGAAUUGCGAUUUCUUGGGUAGCUGCGUGGGGAGGGAAGUGAAUGCGCCGUUCUUUUGCGGUUUGCGCAAAGUUUCGGAUGUUGGAAAGGAGAGUGUUGUUGGGGAUUGGGAUUAGAUCUGGGAAGUUGGUGAGUUUGUGAGUUUGUGAGUUUUCUUUUUUUCUUUUGGCGGGGGGAGAGGGAAGGGGGAGAGUUUGUGAUUGGGGUUUUCUUUUUAUCUGAGGGGUAUGGAUAGGGUGGGGGUUUGGAAUUGGACAUUCCCAGAGGGGGGCUGGAUGCAGGUGGAUGAACAAAGAGACCAAGCACCACUGGUUUCUGUCUUUGGUGUUUGAUGGGGAUUGGAAUUGGGGUUGGGAUUGGAAUUGGGGUUGGGAUUGAGAUUGGGAUUGAAACUGAGAUUGGGAUUCAGAUCUGGAUUACGACUGCAACUGACUGACUGAGAAGACUAGAGCGAGAUACCCACACACCUCGAGAGACAUCAGUAAACGGAAGAGGACAUCAGAGUUCCUUUCGCGCUCUCAAUUAGGGAGAGGAAUUGGUUCUUUGUAUUUGAAAGGGCUGAAAGGGGACCAGGAAGGAAAGGGGGUUGAGGCGUUUGGAGGGGAACAAAGAAGUUCUGUGUCUCCGACUGCGACUACCUUCUCGGAUAGAGAGAAACCUUCGAAUUUACGGAAUUCAAGCAGAGCAAUUCCAAGAAAGAGAAUUCGGAAGAGAUAUUAUCGGGGAAGAAUUCGGUUUAAGGGCUCGUACCUUCUCGACUCGUACCUCACAAGUUCGUCACUACUGGCCGCAAGAAUGAAUAAGAAACGCAAGAUGUCAACGGUGGAGAAGGAGCAGAAGUUUUAUGCUGUGAGAGCGGGUCAUACGCCAGGUGUCUAUGAGACGUGGAACGAGUGUCAGGAAAUGAUUACGGGGUUCAAGGGAGCGAAUUGUAUGUCCUACUCUCCUUCUUUACUCUAUUUUCUUCUCUUCCUCAAAUCUAGAUCUACAGCUAUACUAAUACAUGCCUACGAAAUAGACAAAUCCUUCACAAGUAAAAAGGAUGCACAAGAUUUCGCAGCUGGCAAAGUUGUCUCUGGCAUGAAAAAUUCCAAAGGCGAUCGCUUCUACGGUGUGGCAGUAGGUCAUGAACCAGGUGUAUAUGUUGAAUGGGCCGACGCAAAGAAACAGAUUGAGGGGGUCAAGGGACCUAAGUAUAAGAAGUUUGACACGAGAAGUGAGGCUGAGGAGUUUGUUAGAAGUGGUGGUACCCGUUCAAGUUCGAGCUUUGGUUCAAGUAAGGGUGGGAGUUUCAAAGGAGAGGCGGGAGAGAGAGCUAGUAAAAAGGCGAAAAUUGAUACCGGGAGUGCAAGUGUGAUUACGAAGGGCAAAGGGGGCUGGUCAACGGUAGACAAGAAGGGUGUUGUCAAGGUUUGGACGGAUGGGAGUUCGAGGGGGAAUGGGAAGGUAGGGGCCGUCGCGGGGGUAGGUGUCUGGUUUGGAGAAGGGGAUGAGCGGUUCGUUUGCCUCCCUUUUCACAUCUUUCCCAUUCCCUCCUUCCUAACUAUUUCCUAACCUCCCCUACCACCUCUAGAAACAUCUCCGAACCCCUCGCUGGCACCCCCCAAACCAACCAACGCGCCGAACUCACCGCCAUCCUCCGCGCCCUCGAGGUCUCCCCGCUCACCCAGUCCCUGGAGAUCAUCUCCGACUCCAACUACGGUAUCAACUGCACGACGCUGUGGUACCAGUCCUGGGCCAAGAACGAUUGGAAGACCUCCACUGGUACACCCGUCAUGAAUAAGGAUCUGGUCAUGAAGAUCCGUGCAUGGAUGGAUAAGAGGGAGGGGGAGGGGGCGAGCACGAAGUUGACGUGGGUUAGGGGCCAUGAGGGGGAUGUGGGGAAUGAGGGGGCGGAUGGGUUGGCGGUUGCGGGGAGUAGGAUGCAUGGGGUUUAG